GAGUUACAGAAUAUGCACACAAAACACAGGCUAUAUACGAAUACCGGUAUAAAAAUGCUUAUAUGGUAUUCCGGUGAUAGUUAUGCUAAGAAUGUAUUUGUGUAGUUGCACAGCCUGUAGCACGUUUGUGAAACAGCCAUUCAUUCAUUCCUCUUUCCUGAGAACAAGGAAGUGAAAAACUAGCUACACGCUUCCGGGUACUCAACGACACAUCUCGAGACAUACUGCUUGUGACACGUAGGACUCUGCUGCUCGAAGAUACAGUUGAGUAAUCAAAAUGCAGACUUCAGACUAAUAGAAACCCAACAAGGAAGGGUGCAUUCAGGAUUCGGUCUUAUCUUGGGUUGUCCAAACAUCCGUGAGCCUAUCGCUGUCUCCUUCGUCCACUCCUCCGAGCUGAGCUGAGCAAUGGCACAAUUCGAGGCGACUGCCCAGAAGUCUGCCCUGCACCCCAAACCCGCGGGUCUGGUUCUGCAGUACGGUACUGCCGGCUUCCGCACCACGGCCAAAGAUCUGGACCAUGUGAUGUUCCGCAUGGGCUUGCUGGCUGUGCUCCGGUCCCGCCGCACGAAGGCCACUAUCGGGGUGAUGGUCACCGCCUCUCAUAACCCAGAGGGUGAUAACGGCGUGAAGCUGGUGGACCCCAUGGGGGAGAUGCUGGAGGUGUCUUGGGAGAGCUACGCUACGCAGCUGGCCAACGCGGAGCAGGAGACCUUGCUCACCGUGCUCAAGGACCUGGUGGAGAGGGAGGCCGUUAACAUGGCCCACAACGCCACCGUCUUCAUCGGCAGGGACACCAGGCCCAGCAGUGAGAGUCUGGCACAGGCUGUGAAGGAUGGAGUGGCCGCCCUGGGGGCACACUGCCAAGAUUUUGGUCUGGUGACGACGCCUCAGUUACACUACCUGGUGUGCUGUCAGAACACUCAGGGUUCCUAUGGCGACAUAAGCCUGGACGGAUACUACAAGAAACUCUCAACAGCCUUCGGCAAGCUCACCCACGACGCACCCGUAGCUCAGCCCCUGCUGGUGGAUGGAGCCAAUGGCAUCGGUGCCCUCCAGCUGAAGGCCAUGCUGCCCUACCUGAAAGGUCGUCUGGAGGUCAAGGUGACCAAGGACGGCUCCGCGGGCAAGCUGAACCACCUGUGUGGCGCGGACUAUGUCAAGGUGCAGCAGGAAGCCCCACAAGGGGUAGAGAUGGGAGUUGGACAGAGGUGUUGCUCGUUCGACGGUGACGGAGACAGGAUCGUUUAUUACUAUAACGAUGAUGAAGGGCGUUUUCACUUACUGGACGGGGAUAAGAUAGCCACGCUCGUCAGCACCUUUAUCAAGGAGUUGCUCACCAAGGCUGGCUUGGACCUACAGAUGGCGGUGGUGCAGACUGCAUACGCCAACGGCAGCUCCACACACUACCUUGAAGACACCAUGAAGACGACGGUGCGGUGUGCCAAGACGGGAGUGAAGCACCUCCAUCACGAGGCCCUGCAGUUCGACGUGGGCGUGUACUUCGAGGCCAACGGACACGGAACGGUUCUGUUCAGCAAGGAGGCUGAGGAAAUGAUCAACCAGUUGGCUAAAGACCCCAGUGCUCCAGAGGGCAGGCGGAGCGCAGCCAUACAACUGCACAACACCAUCGACCUCAUCAACCAGACCGUGGGAGAUGCCAUCUCGGACAUGCUGUUGAUCGAGGCUGUGCUGGCAGUGAAAGGGUUAACCAUCCAACAGUGGGAUACCAUCUACACCGACCUCCCCAACAGACAACUCAAAGUCAAGGUGGCUGACAGGCGGGUGAUUGACACGACGGACGCGGAGAGGCGGGCCACGAGCCCGGCUGGGCUGCAGGAAGCCAUCGACGCCCUGGUCAGGAAGUACCGCCUCGCACGCUCCUUCGUACGCCCCUCCGGCACCGAGGACGUCGUGCGCGUCUACGCAGAGGCCGACACACGGGAGAGUGCUGAUGCUCUGGCCCAUGAGGUCAGCCUCGCAGUGUUUCGUCUGGCCGGAGGAGUCGGGGAGGAGCCCAAACCAUUACACUAAACACACACACACACAC